UUUUAUUCAAUCGACAGAGAAAAGAUGGUGUCGACCGACGUUGAGACGAAACCAAGUUGGGCAGAUCAGGUGGAACAAGGAGAAGCUGCACUUCCACCAGCUGGAGAAGAAAUAAUUGGAGAUACAAAAAUAGUUACUGAAUAUAAAGUUAAUAAUGAAGGAAAAAAGAUUAAGGUUGUUCGUUACUACAAAAUUGAAUGCAAGAAAGUGUCAAAGACAGUUGCAAGAAGAAAGCUAUGGAAAAAAUUUGGUUUGGCUGCAGAUGAUCCUCCAGGUCCUAAUCCUUCAAACACAAUUGUUUCAGAAGAGAUUUUUAUGCAGUUUUUGACAAAUAAAGAGGAAGAACAGCAAGUUGAGGAAGAUCCUCUUGCCAAGUUAAGAGGACAGAAAAUGGUAAAAUGUCGUAUCUGUAAAGAAGAUCACUGGACCACUCAAUGCCCAUUUAAAGAUAAAUUAGGAGCACUUCCAGAUCUGCUUAAAGAUGAAGCAACUCCUGCAGCUCCAAGUCCUCAAGUAGAGGAGAAAGUAAAGGCUGGGAAAUAUGUACCACCAAUUAUGAGAGAAGGUGCUAAUAGAAGAGGUGAAUCCAUGACACCAUCCAGAACUCGAGAUGAGACUGCAACCAUUCGUGUCACCAAUCUUUCUGAAGAUGUACGAGAUUCAGAUUUGCAGGAACUCUUCCGACCAUUUGGAAGCAUAGCUAGAAUUUAUUUAGCUAAAGAUAAGGCUACAGGACACUCUAAAGGUUUUGCAUUUAUUAAUUUCCACAGAAGAGAAGAUGCUGCUCAUGCUAUAUCUAGUGUUAAUGGUCGUAUCUGUAAAGAAGAUCACUGGACCACUCAAUGCCCAUUUAAAGAUAAAUUAGGAGCACUUCCAGAUCUGCUUAAAGAUGAAGCAACUCCUGCAGCUCCAAGUCCUCAAGUAGAGGAGAAAGUAAAGGCUGGGAAAUAUGUACCACCAAUUAUGAGAGAAGGUGCUAAUAGAAGAGGUGAAUCCAUGACACCAUCCAGAACUCGAGAUGAGACUGCAACCAUUCGUGUCACCAAUCUUUCUGAAGAUGUACGAGAUUCAGAUUUGCAGGAACUCUUCCGACCAUUUGGAAGCAUAGCUAGAAUUUAUUUAGCUAAAGAUAAGGCUACAGGACACUCUAAAGGUUUUGCAUUUAUUAAUUUCCACAGAAGAGAAGAUGCUGCUCAUGCUAUAUCUAGUGUUAAUGGAUUUGGAUAUGAUAACUUAAUUCUUAGUGUUGAAUGGGCUAAGCCUUCAGGAAGCUCAUGAAUAUAUACAUCAAUUUGAAUUAUUAAAUAUUAAAAAUGAUCAAAAUAAUGUUGGUAAAGUUAUAAUCAAGCCUUUUGUAAAUCUUCCUUUAAAAAAUAUCUGUGGUUUGGCUAUUUCAUUCAACUUUAUAGAAAUAUCAAGUAAUAUGCAAAUUUUAUAAUAAAAUUUUCUCUUUAU